UCAGUCGACAAAUGUAACCAUAAUCUUUCUGUCUGUACCUAGACGAGCAAGUAAGGGCAGUCGAUAGUAUCAGUCUCCAUCUUCUAUGUCUCGAGUUGUGGAGGAGAAUAGAACAAAGUUCUAUGAGGGAGACGUAUCAAGGAAACUAGGAGGGCUAAGAGGUGAAGAGCAUCUCAUAGUGAGACUUGACGAAGUUAUUUGCACUCUAGAGAACCAAAAAGAGACCUUGUGGCUGGAGUUGUCAGCUUUCCGUUUUCGUUCGGGAGAAUCAAAAUUCAAAAUAAACUUAAGUCAGUCACAGUGGCGGCAUCAAGUAAACCAGAAGGAUCUCCGCCUUUACAUCGUUGUUCAAAACAACUGUCAAACGUUGAAGAUAGAGAAAUACAACUUCCGAAUGUGUUCAAGGCAACAACUAGCAUCGUGGGCAGCAGAACUUAUACAGGCAUCUACGUUUCACACAGAAAACCAAUUGAGACGUUGUUUCCACGUCAAAAUAGCCACAGAAGACCAAGAGAUUCACAGCAGUACAAUGCACAACCCACAAAUACCAAUUUCCGGCCUCUUGCAAGCGUUCCAUCCAAACACGUCUAAAGUCGUCGUUCGAGAUCCAAUCACUCUCUCACUCAUUCAAGUGUACGACAUGACGACAUUAACCGCCAUGUCACUCGAGUACAUCCCACAGCCUUACAUUUUGCUCUCUCUCCGACACGUGACAGCCACUCUACCAACAUCACAAGUAUUUCUCAGCUUCCAUUCGGUUCGAGUCGCCGAAGAGGCACUAAAAUUUCUAGAAACCUUUUUGUCUCAUCAUAUACCCGACGUGUACAGCUUUGUAAAACGCAAUGUAGUAGAAGAGAAACACCAACUUCGACGAGGUUUGACUUUCCUAAAGAGAAAUGUUCGUGUCGUCCUUGCCCUUUCAGAGACCGACAGCGAAGAGAACAAAGCGACAAACAACUGUGAUGUUGGUUCGGUUUCGGAUGCUUACGAAGUUCCAUUGGAAUUGCUCGGCCAUGAGACUAUCAAGUCAGCAGACGAGGGGACACUCCUACCCGUUCUACCGGAUAGAACAUCAGCAAGUAGCUGUAAUGAUUCAUACAGACCCGUAGCUCCUCCAGUUAGAGACAUUAUAAGGCCCGGUUUUGUUGUACCUAGAAAUCCCCCUCCAGUUAGUUCGAACGAUGCACCAAAGACCAGCAUAUACGAAGACGUUUUUUAAUACAGAGAUCCAUAGCUCAAUGACUAAGUUAUGCAAUAGAAAGGCAUGAGUUAACUUACAACACACUAUAACAGCUCUGUAUACAACUAUAUCAUUCAGGGGCAUCCAAAGCAACUGUAAAGUGGUCUAACCUAGCGCGCGCUAAGUAGGCGUGGUCUAUCUAACCAUCUAAUUACAAAGGCUAGCGCGCACUAUUGACUGACUUACAUACCUUGAAUAUUUGUGUACGCAACAGGAUGUGGUAAAGCAUAAUAUAUUAGUUAUUUAAUCAC